UUGGCAGUUUAUACAAAGCAAUGGGGUACAAUUCAAUCGUUCUUCUUUACAUAUUUUUAAGUUUUAAAUAUUUUUAGUCAUUUCUCAAUAGAAAAAUGACGAUAGAAUAAGAAGUUGCCACAGUUGCCCAUAUUUUACUUCCUUCCCAACCUAUUCAUGAAUGCAUGGUACUUGUAGUAUCAGGAGAUCACGGAGCUGACAUGACAUGGCCAGAUAUCACGACCGUGGGGAUCAAGGCACGGUGCCUGAAUUGUACAGUGUAUUUGCUGGAGAGGUAACUUCAAUUCAACAGUAUGGAGCAUUUAUUAAAAUACCAAGAUGUAAAAAAAAUGGUUUGGUCCAUAAGAGUCACAUUUCUAACUCCAGAGUGGAAGAUGUCUCUGAUGUACUAGCAUUGGGUGACAAAGUCUACUGUAAAGUCAUAUCACUUGGGGAUGAAGGUGAUGACAAAGUCAAGAUCUCGUUAUCCAUGAAAAACAUAAACCAAGAUGAUGGUACAGAUCUCGAUCCAAACCAAGUACAGUUGGUACAGGAUGAGAAAAGGAGAAAGAAAAGUGGUACUUACAUACCAGAGAAGAUAGAACUUGGAGUUGUGUUAAAUACAACAUGUCGGAAAUGUGGAUGCAAAGGUCAUCUGGCUCAGGAUUGUUUUAAGAUACCUGGUGGAAAAUCCUAUGAAUUGCUGCCAGAAGAUGACAGUUUCUUGACAGCACUUUCCCAGCCCACUCCUUCAGAUAAAAGUAGUCACAAGAAGAAAAAGAAAAGGACAAAAAACACAAGAACAAAAAGAAACACAAGCACAGGGACAAUGAUUCAGAGUCUGGCUUCUGAGAAAUGAGAAAAAAAUGAAAUCAAAGUACAAAAGGAGAAGACAGUCAUCAGAUUUGGACAGUGAUGAUGGGGACAGAGAUAAAAAACAGAAGAAACAUUCUGAGGGCGAGAGCUGUCAGGAUAAGAAAGAACAUCGGCAUAUUAGAGGUGACAAUUUUAUGAGAAAUCAAGACAGAGAGUAUUCGCAUAGAAGGGAUCAAGGGCAACAUUCGCAUGCAGGCAAAUCGGGUAAAGAAUUCUCCCAUAGAAAGAGGGGAAGAGAUUCAGAAGAUGAUGUAAAAGAUCGGCGUCACAGACAUGAUGCUGAAAGUGACAGACCUAGAGACAUGAAAGAUCAUCAUCACAGACGAAUUUCUGAUGAAAAAGGAACACUGGACGUG